AUGUCGACUUUUAACCCAUACGCUCAACAAGGCUGGAACUCACAACAUUCCAUGCCCAGUGGUUCUCGCCCCUCGAUGUAUGGCGCCCUGCCGUUCUCGCCCCCAGUAACGCUGCCUACAUUAUUUGCCUUCCGCUUCACCUCUUUUGCACCAACAAUUCUCAAUUGUACUGUUAUUGGCCCACAAUCACGCCCAUAUUUCCGCGUCUUGACCGACGCGCCAGUGCAAGGCGUGACCGGAUUUCAGAAUGCAGCGGGGACCAACAUUGCGCUGGUUCAAUGGCAUCGACACCCCGAGGUCGAGGUACAAGGGGCUGUCUCUCGGCAGAGGUCUUCCCAGAUGUUGGCGUUGACGCCUGAUCAAAGUGCUCGUGCGAUGACUCUGAAUAACGGCAGCAGCAUGACCUUCACACCACGGGAGAACUUCAUUUGGAUAUAUUCCAAUACUUCGGAUCCAGAACUUUUGGGAAGAAUCUCCCGCGGCCAAACGUCUGUUACGCUUGAGCUGACGGGCGAAGCCAUUCAUCGUGGGCUGCUGGAAUCUGCCGUUGUGGCCACGUUUUUGCUCCAAUGUGGGCGCAAUAUCGAUUGA